AUGGCAGCAACAGCCUCUCAACAUCCUGUUUCUGAAGGUGUUGCUGCACAUGCUCCAGAAGAUGCUGCUGCACCCACUGUCUCAGCCAAUGUUUCUCAAAGUGCUGCUGAGGAUGCUGCUCCCUACCAGGAUGAGGAAAUGCCUGACUUUUCUGGGAUGUCUUCUGCUGAACAUGUAGACAUUCCCACUGUUGAUGCCCAGGAUUUCACCACCACUGAAGAAACACCCUCUGCUCCAAAUGAAGAUCCUCUGGAAACUUUGGUAGAGGCAGCUGUUCAAGUAGAUGCAUCACCUCCUCAGGCUGAUGAACCAGAGAAAAGCGAUGAUAGCUGGGAAGUUCCCCUUGCCACUUUUCGCAAAAAAUUGCCAUCCUCAGAGUCAGACAGUGACUCGUCUGAGGACUCCUCUCAGAUGCAGGAAGAUGUUGCCCCACGUGUUGCAUCACCUGAGCCAGCAUACAUCUCGGAUGAACUUGAAGACUCUGAAGAAGAGGAAUCUUCUGAGGAAGAGCUGAACUUGGAUGGGAAGGAUCUGUCAACUCCUUUUGAGGGGGAGAAAAAGCUAGUCAUGAAGUUGAAGCAGGGACUUCUCAUCAUUUGGAUGCCAAAGGCAGAGAACAUGGAGUUAAUGAAGAAGAAGAAAAGAAUGAGGGUGAAGCUGAAGGAGCAGAGGAAAGCAGCAGCAGCUGAUACUGAGGACACUUUGGAUAUUCUGCUCUAA